CCAAGACCAGCCCACUUCAGGACGAGUCUUGAUCCAAGGUUCUGCUCUAACAUCAGCUGCUGGCCGAGGCGUGUGUCAGUUGUACGCAGGACAUGGGGGAGAGAUAGUGGAGCAGAGGAGGAUUUGUCAUUUCCACUCGCAGUUCAGAGUUUCAAACUUAAAAGUUCCCUCUGGUGGCCUUCAAUGAUAUAGCAAAGCUGUGAUUUGAGCAUCAAGAAGGCAAGAAGUGAACAACACAAGGAUAUGUUACUACUAUGUUAAAUCCUCUUGAGACUUGUUUUAUGUGUGGAAUAUGGCAAUAAGAGGGACUACAGAGAUCUUCAAGAAACGUUUUUAAGGAUAGCAAAAGAAAUAGGAAGAAUGGAAGCUUCAUACGCUGCUAGCGCCGCCAUUGCUCCAACUCUGCCACCGAUUACCUCGUCCCCAGGUUACCUGCUCAGAAUGUUUCGGGAGUAUCAAAGCAACGCCGUCAUCAUGGCCCAUUACAACUUCACCGGAAAGCUGAAAGAGAACAAAUACCGGGAUGGACUGAAACCCGAAGCCAUUGCAUUUCUCAUCAUUUGUCUUCUCAUCGUGGUGGAAAACGCCAUCGUUCUGGUGGCAAUAUGGAAAAACAAAAAAUUCCACAUGCCCAUGUACUACCUGCUAGGCAACUUGACGCUCUCUGACUUGCUGGCAGGCUUCACCUACAUGGUGAACAUCGUGACUUCGGGCGCAAACACUCUCAAGAUGACUCCAGUGCUGUGGUUUCUUCGAGAAGGCGGCGUGUUUAUCACACUUUCUGCGUCUGUCAUCAGUCUCCUCGCUAUUGCCAUCGAACGGCACGUCACGAUGGUCCGGAUGAAGCCGUAUCAAGGCGCCAAACGUGGCCGAAUGUUCGGUUUGAUCGGUGCAAGUUGGGUUCUUUCGGUGCUCCUCGGCAUUCUCCCGAUCAUGGGCUGGAAUUGCAUUGGAAACCUGGAUGAAUGCUCCACCGUCUUGCCUCUUUACGCCAAGAGCUUCAUCCUCUUCUGCAUUACUGUGUUCACGCUGGUGCUGAUGUCUAUCGUGGUGCUCUACGUGCGCAUCUUCCGCAUAGUAAAGUCUAACACCCAGCGGUUAGGUUUUGGACCUCAGCGUAAAGGUCUGGCGAGGAAGUCCCAGAAGUAUCUUGCUCUGCUGAAGACAGUCACCAUUGUUCUUGGGGUCUUCAUCGCAUGCUGGUUGCCUCUGUUUGUGCUCCUUAUGCUGGACUUCCACUGCCCUGCUCAAAGCUGCGGCGUGCUGUUCAAGGCAGACUACUUCCUGGGUAUCGCCAUGAUCAACUCGCUCCUGAAUCCCAUUAUAUACACCCUAACAAGUAAAGACAUGCGGAGAGCCAUUCUGAGACUGGUCUGCAGCUACUGUCUGAUUUCCAAAGAUGGGCAGGUUAAGAAAUUCGGCAUGCCGUUCCUUGACUGUAGCACCAGUAAGGUAGAGGUGCCAUCACAAAGGCUGGAGGGCCUGGAGACAACAGUCUCCUCUGGGAACUUCACACCGUCCCCCAUUAAAGCAAUUUACCCGAGGAUAUUGAAGAGCUGAGGACGAACAAUGCAUUAAGUUGACAAACUGACAAAGGACACAGUUUCAACUUCUGUUUCAGGUUGAAUAUUUAUAAAACUCCCAAGUGCUCAGAAAUGAAAUCAGGAGACGCUGGAUGAGAUGGAACUCAUAAAUGUUGUGUUUUGGACUUCAGAGUAGAAGACUUGGUUUCCUCCACAUGGUUUAAAGCAAACCACGAGGCUACCAGAGGACGUGGUAGACCAGACAAGUGGACUUUUUUUACUGUGAUAAAUACCAGUGUUUAAAAUGGAUUGUCUGAGGGUCAGGCUUGCAAUACAAGAGCUAUGGUGCCUUUUUAAAAAAAAAAAAAAAAAACAAAACAAAAAAAAAACAAA